AUGGCAUACACGGAGCCUCUCCUUUUCACCACGCCACACAACACCCACAGCCCGCGCGCGCUCCACCGGGUCGGCGCCUUCGGUCCCCCCACCCCCGCCUCCACGCCGAGGAAGCCCGGCGACGACGACGACGACGACGAGGACCCCCUUGCCGGCAGCAGCAGCAGCAGCAUGGUAGUGUCGAUGCGCGACGACGAGACCGGCGCGCUCGUGGCCACCGUCGGCGGCGAAGGCGACGAGCCGGAUGACGACCCGCUGGACGCGCCGCCGGUGCGGACGGCGAAGGCCGGGCUGGCGGUUUUCGCGGACGAGUCGCGCCGGCUGUGGGCCAUCGGCGCGCCGAUCGCGUUCAACAUCCUCUGCCUCUACGGCACCAACUCCACCACGCAGAUCUUCGUCGGCCACAUCGGUAACCGCGAGCUCUCCGCCGUCGCCAUCGGCCUCUCCGUCGUCUCCAACUUCUCCUUCGGCUUCCUCCUGGGCAUGGGGAGCGCGCUGGAGACGCUGUGCGGGCAGGCGUUCGGGGCGGGGCAGGUGGCCAUGCUGGGCGUGUACAUGCAGCGCUCGUGGAUCAUCCUCACGGCCUCGGCCCUCCUCCUCUCGCCGCUCUACAUCUUCGCGGGGAACAUCCUGCGGCUGCUCGGCCAGGAGGAAGCCAUCGCGGCGGCCGCCGGCGAGUUCACGCUGCGCAUCAUCCCGCAGAUGUUCGCGCUGGCCAUCAACUUCCCCACGCAGAAGUUCCUCCAGGCGCAGAGCAAGGUGGUGGCGCUGGCGUGGAUCGGCUUCGCCGCCCUGAUCGCGCACGUCGGCCUGCUGGCCCUCUUCGUGUCCCUGCUCGGCUGGGGCAUCGCCGGCGCCGCGGCGGCCUACGACAUCUCCUCCUGGCUGACCGCGCUCGCGCAGGUGGCGUACGUGGUCGGGUGGUGCCGGGACGGGUGGACGGGCCUGUCCCGCGCGGCGUUCAACGAGCUCUGGGCCUUCGUCAAGCUCUCCCUCGCCUCCGCCGUGAUGCUCUGCCUCGAGAUCUGGUACAUGAUGGUGCUCGUGGUGCUCACGGGCCACCUCGACGACGCCGAGAUCGCCGUGGACUCCAUCUCCAUCUGCAUGAACAUCAACGGGUGGGAGGGGAUGCUCUUCAUCGGCCUGAGCGCGGCCAUCAGCGUGCGCGUGUCCAACGAGCUGGGCUCCGGCCGGCCGCGCGCCACGGUGCACGCCGUGGCGGUGGUGCUGGCGCAGUCGCUGGCGCUCGGGCUGGCUGCCAUGGUGCUGAUCCUGGCGACGCGGAACGAGUUCGCCGUCAUCUUCACGGGCGACCGGCACCUGCAGAAGGCCGUGGCCAACAUCGCCGGCCUGCUCGCGGUCACCAUGGUGCUCAACAGCAUCCAGCCCGUCAUCUCCGGCAUCGCCGUCGGCGGCGGCUGGCAGGCCGCCGUCGCCUACAUCAACCUCGGCUGCUACUACGCCUUCGGCCUCCCCCUCGGGUUCAUCUUCGGCUACCUCUUCCGAUGGGGCGUCAGGGGGAUUUGGGCGGGCAUGCUGUGCGGGACGGCGUUGCAGACGGGGAUCCUCAUGUACAUGGUCUUCAAGACCGACUGGAAAGCAGAGGCAUCGAGGGCGCUGGAGAGGGUGAGAUUGUGGGGAGGGCAGCACGCGAAGCUUCCCACCACAGACAGCGAAGAGACUAGCUAG